AUGGCGUCAUUGCGGCGGUUACCGCCGGGAUUCGGCUUCCGCCCGACGGACGAGGAGCUGAUCCAAAGCCACCUGCGGCCGAAGGUUGAGGCAGCGGAAGGCCGCCGCGUGGACGACGACGACGACGACGACGACGACGGGCUCAUCGCUGAGGUCGACAUUCUCCGCUACGAGCCGUGGGACCUGCCCAGCCAGUCGAGCCUCGAAGCCGGCGGCAAGUGGUACUUCUUCUGCACGCUCAAGAAGAAAUAUCUGAACGGCUCGCGCGUGAAUCGCGCCACGGCGAGAGGGUACUGGAAGUCGACCGGCGACGACAUGCUCGUGUGCAGCUCGAGCUCGUCGCGCCCAAUAGGGUUCCGGAAGAGGCUCGUGUUCUACCGGGGGAGGGCGCCACGUGGCGAGCGGACGGCCUGGAAGAUGCACGAGUACCGGCUGGAGCCCGCAGCGCGGCCGCGCGGCGGCGCUUUGGCGGACUACGUGCUGUGCCGCUUGUCCAAGGAGAACCGGCCGCCUGCUGCGAGCGAGCCGCCUGCUGCGCAGCGGAUGGAUGUUCUGGGGCUCGAGGAGGCCGACCUCCUGCCUCUCGACCCUGCUGCCCCGCCGCUUGUGCCCGUUGUCGUGCCUGUGAGCGACGUGGAUCUGGACACAUUCUGGGAGACCAUUGCUCGGCAAGCUGUGUCGGCUGGGGGGUCUGCAGGGGGCUAUGUGGCGGAGCAUGGGGCGAGCCACGUGGUGGAGCAUGGGACGGGCUAUGUGGCGGAGCAUGAGGAGUGUCACGUGGCAGAGCAUGAGGAGAGCCACGUGGCAGAGCAUGAGGAGAGCCACGUGGCAGAGGAGGUCGAGUGGCGCACAGUGUACGAGGAGCUGCCGCCGCUCUCGGAGGGCUUUUCCAUCGACGAAAGCCACGCCGCCCUCCCCGCCGCUCCCUCCGCUCCCGCCACUUUUGCUGCACCGGCUCCCGGUGCUUGCGCGCCUGCUGCCCUUGCUGGCGCAGCGCGCGGAGUUGCAGAGCGAGGGGCGCCCAGAGCAGCGCCCGUGCCACCAGCGCCCGCAGCAGGCGCAACCACCAUCACCGCGGCCCUCGCAGGGCUGGCUAAGGCCAGAGCGGCACAGGGCGCUGCCGCUCCCCUGGGCCGCACCCACGCGAGAGCAACGGGCCGGCCGAGGUCGCGGCCUGUGCGCGCAGCUGGUGCCGUCAUGCACGGCCGGUGCAUGCAGGCGCUCAACGCGCCGCCGCAGCUGGCGGGUGGCGGUGGGGCAGCGCGGCUGGUGAGCAGCGGUGCGCCGUCUCGGAAUCUGGGCUCACCCGCUGCGCCUCACGCGCAGCUGCCUCUUGCGGAGGCCGGUGGCAGUGUGGGUGAUGAAGAUUGUGUCAUGGGUGCUCAAGAGGUAGACGACCUGGACGGACACAGGGCUCGCAUGACACACCACCCUGCUGCCAAUGCUGCUGUGGCAGACGGUGCGUUUGGUGGUCCUGCUACUGGGCCGCCAGGUGCGCUGUGUGUGGUAGGCCAAGAGGAGAGAAGGGUAAGGAUACUGCCCGUACCGCAGGAUGUUGCGGUAGAGGCCGGUGCGGUAGAGGCUGGUGCGGUAGAGGCCAGUGCGGUAGAGGCUGGUGCGGUAGAGGCCACUGCGGUAGAGGCCGGUGCGGUAGAGGCCGGUGUUCCUAUAGCUGACGGCAUGUCGGAGCCCCCUUUGCCCGUUGCCCCUACCAGGGCUGCACCCAGCCCACGUGUGGCCGCUGGGCCGCGUCUAGCCCCUUCGCCCAUCCCUGCUGCUCGAGUUGCCUCUGCUGCCGCUCCUGCAGCAGCGGAGGUGGUGCUUCCGCCCCCGGUGGCAGCACCAGCAGCAGCAGCAGAAGGGGGGGCAGGCGGGGCAACAGCUGGUGCCGUGGUGGUGGAAGAGGGAGGUGCGGUGGUGGAAGAGGGAGGAGUUUGUGCCCAUGCUUGUCCCAUAGCAGACCUCAUUGCACAGUGUGGGCGGAAAACACGGGCGCAGCGCCAUCUGUGGCCGCAGUUCCUGCCUGCUCGGCGCGUCAACCUAGGAGUUGCUUCUGCUGCUGCUGUUCGCACACCAGCAGGAGCAGCAGCUGGAGCAGCAGCAGCAGCAGCUUAG